AUGUUCCUCUCGAAGAAUCCGAGAAACAGAAAGUCGAAUUUGAGGUUAGUGGUGAAUCGUGACGCAAAGUUCACUAACUUCGUUGAGUUUAGAACACAUAAGGUCAUCUACAGGCGUUAUGCUGGAUUGUUUUUCUCCGUCUGCGUGGACAUGACCGACAAUGAAUUGGCAUACCUGGAGUGUAUUCAUUUGUUUGUGGAGAUAUUGGACCAUUUCUUCAGCAAUGUCUGUGAACUAGAUUUGGUGUUUAACUUCCACAAGGUGUACUUGAUACUCGAUGAAUUCAUUCUUGCUGGAGAACUCCAAGAAACAAGCAAAAGGGCGAUCAUCGAAAGGAUGUCAGAGCUCGAGAAGCUAGAGUGA